AUGCCGCGAGGUGUAGAAACAAGUAGAAAUCGUAGCCCUCGCAAGGAGGACGCGACGAGUUAUAGUGGACGAGAAAGUGCUGGCAAUGUCAUGACUACUUCGGAUAUCCAGGAGCCAACAAUCGUUGAAGAGACGAGUGCAGUGGUCGACAGUGAGGGUGGUGUGCUGAGUUGUCCUGUGUCAGGCGUCGAGUUACGUAUUCCGAAAGGCGCCAUCCCAGCUGGAGAAACCCACGAGAUCUACGUUAAGGCAUGCAUGAUUUUUGUCUGCCGUGAUGGUGAUUCACCACCCAUAGACAAAUCAAAAGGUGAAACAUUACUCUCACCGUUGGUCAUGUGCGGACCGCAAGGUCUUAAUUUCCUCACACCGUGCGAAUUACGACUGCCACACUGUGGUCCAGUUGAACCGGAUGGCCAGUGGUCGUUUUCGCUAAAGGCCGGUGAAGGUGGUGAAUGGCAGCACAUGGACGUACAACCCCAGAAAUCUGGUGGCUCAUCGGACAAGCCGUUUCUUUCCGUACUUAUCACACACUUCUAA